GCGGCGGCGGCGGCUCCCGCUGCUCCGCGGCCCCGCACCGGCAGCGGUAGAUCUUGGAUUCUGAACUUGGAGCAGUUCUUCAAGAUUAUAUGCUUCUUGAAACUGGGAAAGUAUCUGCAAUAAAUAGGAUUGACCAUGAGAAUUUGUGGAGUUUGAAAUUUGGAAGUUUGGAAAUACUGUGAUGGGGCCACUGAGAAGUUACCUUCCUGUGUACAGAUUUCAUUAAAAGCAUCUACUUGAAGAAACUACAACUCUGUUUAUUCAAGCUUUGAAUUUGGAAGUCGUGCCGGGAUCCCUGCCACGGCACACUUGAACCGUGAAACCCAGAGCCUAAUGAGCUGUGUGAGGGCCCUGUGCUUGGUGAUAUCCCAUCUCAAGAUGCUGCUAAUACAGUAGCUAAUUAUUCCUAACUGAAGAAGUCGAACAGAAGAAAAAAGAUCCAGGGAAAAGCAAUGGCUGCCGCAGCUGAUGGUUUGGGAAGUAUAGCUAUAGAUACCACGCAGCUUAACAUGUCAGUCACUGAUCCCACAGCUUGGGCUACAGCUAUGAAUAAUUUGGGGAUGGUUCCAGUAGGACUAGCAGGACAACAGCUUGUGACAGAUUCAAUCUGUGUACCAGGCUUUGAUCCAAGCCUUAGCAUGAUGACUGGAAUCACUCCAAUUAACCCAAUGAUACCAGGCAUGGGGUUAGUGCCGCCACCACCACCAACAGAUGUGCCUGUAGUCAAAGAAAUAAUUCACUGCAAAAGCUGCACACUCUUCCCUCCAAACCCAAAUCUUCCACCACCUUCAACAAGAGAGAGACCUCCUGGGUGUAAAACAGUGUUCGUUGGAGGAUUACCAGAAAACGCAACGGAGGAAAUUAUUCAGGAAGUCUUUGAGCAGUGUGGAGAUAUAACAGCAAUUCGGAAAAGCAAGAAGAAUUUUUGUCAUAUCCGUUUUGCAGAGGAGUUCAUGGUUGAUAAAGCCAUUUACCUUUCUGGUUACCGCAUGAGAUUAGGAUCUAGCACAGACAAAAAGGAUUCAGGUCGCCUUCAUGUUGAUUUUGCUCAGGCAAGAGAUGACUUUUAUGAAUGGGAAUGCAAACAAAGAAUGCUGGCCAGAGAAGAACGCCACAGACGUAAAAUGGAAGAGGACAGACUGCGCCCUCCUUCACCUCCGGCAAUAAUGCAUUAUUCUGAACACGAAGCUGCUUUGCUGGCUGAAAAAUUGAAAGAUGAUAGCAAGUUUUCCGAGGCCAUCACGGUGCUGCUCACCUGGAUUGAGCGAGGCGAGGUGAAUCGUCGCUCUGCCAACCAGUUCUAUUCCAUGGUGCAGUCGGCCAACAGCCACGUCCGCCGGCUCAUGAACGAGAAGGCGGCUCACGAGCAAGAAAUGGAGCAAGCCAAGGAGAGUUUCAAAAAUGCCUUAACAGGGAUCCUCACUCAAUUUGAGCAGAUUGUCGCCGUUUUCAACGCUUCUACCAGACAAAAAGCUUGGGACCAUUUCUCGAAAGCCCAGCGAAAGAACAUAGACAUUUGGCGAAAGCAUUCUGAGGAGCUCCGAAAUGCUCACAGUGAACAGCUCAUGGGAAUCCGCCGGGAAGAGGAGAUGGAAAUGUCCGAUGAUGACAGUGGUGACAAUCCCAGCAAAAAGCUGAGAGUAGAUGAUUCAGCUCUAGCCGCCCAAGCAUAUGCGAUAAAGGAAGAGAACGAUAGUCUCCGAUGGCAGCUGGAUGCUUACAGGAAUGAAGUGGAGCUCCUGAAGCAGGAGAAAGGACAGCUCUUUCGAACAGAAGAAAGCCUUACCAAGGACCAGCAGCUGCAGUUCCUACAGCAGACAAUGCAAGGCAUGCAGCAGCAAUUGCUGAGCAUACAGGAAGAAUUAAAUAACAAAAAAUCUGAACUGGAGCAAGCAAAGGAAGAGCAAACGCAUACACAAGCAAUGCUUAAGGUCCUGCAGGAACAGUUAAAAAGCACCAAGGAAUUAGCAGAAAUCAACGGGCAUGAUGAAUCUCAAGCAAAUGAAAUCAAUGUAUUGACAGUAGCAUUGGUCAACCAGGACAGAGAAAAAAACUCAGAGAAACGAAGCCCAGGUCUGAAAUCAGAGAAAGAGGCACUAUUAAUAGGUAUCAUAUCCACAUUUCUUCACGUCCACCCUUUUGGAGCCAAUAUAGAGUAUCUUUGGUCUUAUAUGCAGCAGUUGGACUCUAGGAUCUCUGCAAAUGAGAUAGAAAUGCUUUUGAUGAGACUGCCACGCAUGUUUAAACAAGAAUUCACUGGUGUAGGAGCAACACUGGAAAAGAGGUGGAAGUUUUGUGCCUUUGAAGGAAUUAAAACUAUCUGACUGUGACUCAUAAUGAAGCUAUGCAGAAGAAGAAUUCCUAGAGCAUGGCAGGGUUAUAAAGUAUUAAAGUAAGAAAUUUGGGUUUGGGCACAUAGUAGUAUGUUUUCAAAGUUAUCCAAGCCUAAUUUUAGUUACAUUUGUGACGUUCUCUUGUGAGUGGAAAUGUAGUUGUGCACCAGUUCCUAAAAUAAAAUAAAAUUUUAAAAAAAGUUUCAAAAUGUGACAGAUUGUUUCCUAUGAAAACUGAAGAAAGAUACCACAGUCAUAAUGAUUUCAAAAUACUACAUGUCCUACAUCUAAGAAAAGCUCAUUGAGCAAACAGUUAAGGAGAAAGAUUGCCCGGUUAUGGUCGCUAAGCUACAGCGAUUUAUAUGUGAUAUGUAAUAGAACUCAUUAAGUUUUGUUAUAGAAAGUUCUUUCUGAGUAAUUUUACAGUGAGGAAAAGCAUACCAAAAGAAAACUUGAAGACGUGUCUGAAGUUAUUGUAUUUUGUAAAUUAAGUUAUAUGCUGUACCAGGGAUUUUUGCCUUAUUGAAAGAGGCCUGAAAAUGUGAUUGGAGUCCUCAAGAAUGCUUUAUCAAGAAUAUUAUUUUUCUAAUGUAACUAUUCUCCAUUACAAGUUCUUUUAACAUGGAUUGCAUAUCAAUUUUCAUAAACAUGUAAAUAAGGAAGAAACCAGUGUUACUGUAUUGUAUUUGGUAUGUAACAUUCAGGUUUAUGCAUCAAAAUAAAUAUUCAGUUGCAUUACUCUUACAAAUUUUAUAGCAGAUAUAUUAAUUUUUAUCAAUAAAUAUGACUUCUACCAUA